UCUUCUUCUUCAAAGUUUCUUACAUUUCCCCCCCUUUUUUUUCCUGAUCGGACGGCUAAGAUCUCUCGGGCUCUCUGAUGAUCUCUCCAACUCCAUAGCCACAACCCAAGAAUUAUGGUACGUUGUUGCGGAAGUGACUCAUAUGUCCAAGGAAUUUUGACCAUUUUUUGAUUCUUUUAUUUUUUAAAUUUUUUUUGGGAAUUAAAUUUGAUUCAAAUUGGAGAAAAAAAUAGUGGUUUUGAGCUGAAAAUUAUUGGUUGGCAUUGUUUGUGAGCAUUUUUAUAGAGAGAGAGAGAGAUAGGAGUAGGAUGGAAACCAUGUCUAGUAAGAUGGAAACCAUGUCUAGUAAGAUGGAAACCAAGUCUAGUAAGAUAGAAACCAAGUCUAGUAAAAUGGAAACCAAGUCUAGUAAGGUGGUGUAUGAAGGGUGGAUGGUGCGAUGUGGGCGGCGAAAGAUUGGUCGGGCCUUCAUUCAUAUGCGGUAUUUUGUUCUUGAACCGCGAUUACUUGCAUAUUAUAAGAAGAAGCCACAGACAAACCAGGUCCCAAUCAAAGCCCUUGCUAUUGAUGGAAAUUGUAGGGUGGAGGACCGAGGCAUGAAGGCACAGCAUGGGAAUAUGGUCUAUGUGUUGUGUGUUUACAACAAGAAAGACAAGUCCCGUCAAAUCAUGAUGGCUGCAUUCAACAUCCAAGAGGCCUUAAUGUGGAAGGAAAAAAUUGAGCUUGUUAUUGAUCAGCAUCAAGGAUCUUCUAUUCCUGAUGGUAAUGGAUACUCUUCAUAUGAUAACAAUUUGGCAGUGGAUAGUAUGAAGAUUGGAUUUCACUCGGACCAAGAAAGUCAGUAUAGUGCACUGGAGGAUGAAGAUGAUCAUGGUCCUCGAUUACUAAGGAGAACAACGUUUGGAAAUGGUCCCCCUGAGUCAGUACUUGAUUGGACAGGAAGGUUUGAUGAAGAUUUAUUGAAUAUGAAUAACAGCAAUCAAGUUGUUUCCAGAAAGCAUUGGCGCCUUCUUCAAUGCCAGAAUGGACUUCGCAUUUUUGAGGAACUUCUUGAAGCUGAUUACCUUCGAAGGAGCUGCAGUAGAGCAAUGGGGGCUAUUGGUGUUGUGGAGGCUUCCUGUGAAGAGAUAUUUGAGCUUGUGAUGAACAUGGAUAGCACACGGUUUGAGUGGGAUUGCAGUUUCCAGUAUGGUAGCUUAGUAGAGGAGGUUGAUGGGCAUACUGCAGUACUUUAUCAUAGACUGCAGCUAUACUGGUACCCAACGUUCGUCUGGCCUCGUGAUCUUUGCUAUGUGCGUUAUUGGCGCCGAAAUGAUGAUGGAAGCUAUGUUGUGUUAUUUCGUUCUAGGGAGCAUGAGCACUGUGGUCCACAGCCAGGAUUUGUGCGGGCCCAUAUUGAGAGUGGCGGAUUUAACAUUUCCCCUUUGAAACCUCGGCAUGGAAGGCCUCGAUCAAAAGUGCAGCACCUUAUGCAAAUUGAUCUGAAAGGGUGGGGUGUGGGUUAUCUUUCAUCAUUCAAGCAACAUUGUUUACUGCAAAUGUUAAAUGGUGUUGCUGGUCUGCGUGAAUGGUUUUCUCAAUCAGAUGAAAGACAUACGGCUCCAAGGAUCCCAGUCAUGAUCAAUAUGACCUCAGCUUCUGUGUCUUCACAAAAGAAUCAAGAGAAUCAGGAGCCUGCUGGCAAGGAUUUCCCUUCACUAGAUGAAUUACAUUCUGCCAGCAGAAACUCCAUGAUGCUAGACGAAUUCUCUGAUGAGGAUGAAGAAUUUCAAGUAGCAGAGGCUGAACAAGAGGCAUAUAAUGAAGUCGAACAAACAGCCUUGGAAGAGGACCCAACAGAUCAAAUUGAUUUGUCCUGUUUUUCUGGCAAUCUGCGACGGAAUGACAACGAUGAUGGUCGUGACUGUUGGACAAUAUCUGAUGGCAACAACUUCAGAGUUCGUAGUAAGCAUUUCUUUUCUGACAAAUCCAAGAUUCCUGCUGGAAAACAUACAAUGGAACUUGUAGCUGUUGAUUGGUUUAAGGAUAUUAAACGGAUUGAUCAUGUUGCAAGGCGUCCUGGCUGUGCAGUGCAGGUUGCCUCAGAAAAGGGGCUAUUUUCUCUUGCUAUAAAUCUGCAAGUACCUGGAUCAACACACUACAGCAUGGUAUUCUAUCUUGUAACAAAGCAACUAGUACCUGGAUCACUUUUGCAAUGUUUUGUUGAUGGCGAUGAUGAGUUCCGCAAUAGUAGGCUGAAACUCAUUCCCUCAGUUCCCAAGGGCUCUUGGAUCGUUCGCCAGAGCGUUGGAAGCACCCCUUGUCUACUGGGAAAGGCUGUUGAUUGUACUUAUAUCCGUGGUCCCAAGUACUUAGAAAUUGAUGUUGACAUUGGUUCUUCCACUGUCGCCAAUGGAGUCUUGGGCCUUGUUUGUGGUGUAAUUACUACGCUAGUAGUUGACAUGGCCUUUCUUGUACAGGCAAAUACAGCAGAGGAGUUGCCAGAAAGACUCCUUAGUGCUGUCCGUGUUUCUCAUGUGGAAUUGUCGUCUGCAAUUGAUCCAAAUCUCGAAUCCAAAUCAUCACCACCUCCUUCCUCGAGCAACUGACCCGGAUCAUUACUUCCCUUCAUAUUUUUUCCUGCGACUGUAUCAUUACCUUUGUCAAUAUUUUUUUGAGCGGAAAGCUUAGAAAUCAUAAGAGAGGAACCCUAUGCAUAUGCUUCUCUCAAGACCCAUAUCUCUGAUGUUUAGGUUUGGGUUUUGUUAUUUAUUUCAACUUGUGUGAAUUUGGAAUCAAACCCCACCUCCAUUUUCCC